AUGCUGGCCGUCCGCUGCGCGCUCCUGACCGCCCUACUCGCCGCGUGCGGGACGGCGCUGGCCUUGGAGGGCUGCCCCGCGCUGGAGGUGGCGAGCGACAUGCUGACCAGCGUGCCAGGGGCCAGUGUCACCCUGACCUGCCCAGGUGGGGGACCAGAGGACAAUGCCACAGUUCACUGGGUGCUCAGGAAUCAGAUGACAGGCUCGCACCACGGCAGACCGGCUGGCGUGGGAAGGCGACUGCUUCUGCAGUCCGUGCAGCUCAGCGACUCCGGAAACUAUUCAUGCUACUGGGAAGGCCACCCAGCCGGGAGCGUGCGCUUGGUGGUGGAUGUUCCCCCAGAGAAGCCCCAGCUCUCCUGCUUCCAGAAGAGCCCCCUCAGUAGGGUGAACUGUGAGUGGAGUCCUCGGAGCCCUCCAUCCCUGACCACCAAGGCUGUGUUGCUGGUGAGAAAGAUCGAGCCGCCCUUGCUUUGUCUCCGCAGUCCGGGGCAAAACUUCCAGGAGCCGUGCCAGUACUCCCCCGAGGCCCAGCGCUUCUCCUGCCAGCUGGCUGUCCCUGAGGGAGACAGCUCUUUCUACGUAGUGUCCCUGUGUGUCGCCAACAGUGCCGGGAGCGGGUCCAGCAACCCCCUAACAUUUGAGGGCUACGAACUCCUGCAGCCCGACCCACCCGUCAACAUCACGGUCCGCGCCGUGGACGGAAGCCCCCGCUGGCUCAGUGUCACCUGGCAAGACCCCCCCUCCUGGAACUCAUAUUUCUACAGGCUACACUUUGAGCUCCGAUACCGGACUGAACAGUCGAAGACAUUCACAACACUGAUGAUCAAGGAUCUCCAGUAUCACUGCAUCAUCCAUGAUGCCUGGAGUGGCAUGAGGCAUGUGGUGCAGCUUCGGGCCCAGGAGGAAUUUAGGAAUGGCUUGUGGAGCGAGUGGAGCCCCGAGGUCACCGGCAUCCCUUGGACAGAGUCCAGGAGUUCUGCUACGACCAAGCUGCCCACCUCCAUGCAGGCACAUACUACUACUGAAGAUAAUGCAAGUAUUUUCUCCAAAGAUUCUUCAAAAACAACCAGUCUCCCAGUGCAAGAUUCUACUUUGGUACCGCUGCCCACGUUCCUGGUGGCUGGAGGAAGCCUGGCCUUCGGGACCCUCCUCUGCAUUGGCAUCAUCCUGAGGUUCAAGAAGACGGGGAAACUGCAGGCUCUGAAAGAAGGCAAGACGAGUGCACACCCGCCUUAUUCUUUGGGCCAGCUGGUCCCUGAGAGGCCCAAGCCCACCCCAGCGCUGGUCCCUCUCAUCUCCCCACCGGUGUCCCCCAGCAGCCUUGAAUCUGACAACACAUCGAGGAACAGCCGGCCGGAUGCAAAGGGCCCUGGGAGCCCUUAUGACGUCAGUAACAGAGACUACUUCUUCCCCAGAUAA